UUAGAAUGGUCGGACAGCCCCAACCGGCGAACCUUGUGUAGCUCACUUGAUUCUCCGCAGAAGCUCUCUCUCUGGUAGCCGGUUAGCACUAUGGCGAACGUUGCGGACACCAGGCUAUACGACAUCCUCGGAGUUUCACCUUCUUCCUCUGAAAACGAACUAAAAAAGGCUUAUCGCAAAUUGGCCAAAGAGUACCAUCCUGACAAGAAUCCUGAUGCUGGCGACAAGUUCAAAGAAAUAAGUUUCGCUUAUGAGGUGUUGACAAACCCAGAGAAGAAGGAGCUUUAUGAUCGCUAUGGAGAGCAGGGGCUUCGGGAGGGAGGAGGCGGCGGCCCUGGCAUGGAUGAUAUCUUCUCUCACAUUUUUGGUGGAGGACUCUUCGGGUUCAUGGGGGGUCGGGGCAGUCGGAGUAAUGGGGGCAAGAGGAGAGGAGAUGAUAUGGUGCACCCUCUGAAAGUUUCCCUCGAUGACCUGUACAACGGCAAAACUACAAAACUGCAGCUUAGUAAGAAUGUGUUGUGUAGCUCCUGCAACGGUCAAGGGGGCAAGGCAGGAGCGGUACAGAAAUGUGUGACAUGCAGAGGAAGAGGAAUGAAAAUCAUGAUCAGGCAGCUGGCCCCAGGGAUGGUUCAGCAAAUGCAGUCUGUCUGCACCGACUGCAACGGAGAGGGUGAGGUGAUAAAUGAGAAGGACCGCUGCAGAAAGUGUGAGGGUCAGAAGGUUUGUAAGGAGACAAAACUUCUGGAGGUUCAUGUGGACAAAGGCAUGAAGCACGGACAGAAGAUCACAUUCUCUGGUGAAGCUGACCAAGCACCAGGUGUUGAACCAGGAGACAUAGUUCUGGUUCUUCAAGAGAAAGACCAUGAGGAAUUCCGACGUGAUGGCAGCGACCUUCACAUGGUCCAGCGCAUUGGCCUUGUUGAGGCUCUGUGUGGCUUCCAGAUCACCAUCACACACUUGGAUGGACGUCAGCUGCUGGUCAAAUACCCACCUGGCAAAGUCAUUGAACCAGGUUGUGUCCGAGUGGUGAAAGGAGAGGGAAUGCCCCAAUACAGAAAUCCAUUUGAGAAAGGAGAUCUUUACAUCAAGUUUGAUGUUCAGUUCCCAGAAAGCAACUGGAUUAGUCCUGAAAAAUUGAAUGACUUGGAGAACCUUCUUCCAGCCCGUGCUGACAAUCCCGACAUCGCUGCAGAUGCUGAAGAAGUUGAUCUUGCAGAAUUUGACAGAAGUCAAGGUUCUGGCAGUGGAGGCAGGAGAGAGGCGUAUAACGAUAGUUCUGAUGAUGAAGGCGGCCAUCACGGCCCAGGGGUGCAAUGCGCGCACCAGUAGAAAGACUCAUAUAUAGACUUUCACAUAAACACCCUUCAAGUUCCAUUGCUAGCACCAGUCAAGACCUGAUGCACAUAUACACAUAUUUCUCUUUCCAUGCCUCCAGUGACAAGGUAAUGCACAAAAUCCUAAUGAAAAAAAGGUUAAUAAGCCUCCCUCCUCAGUUCCAUUGUUCCAACACCUCAGAGAGAUCGUGGUUGAGUGAUGAAAGGUUUUUGUUUUGAGUUUGUAAAUGUCUCCAGCAAGGAAGUCUGUCUUUAUCCUUAGCUUUAUCUUUUUCUGUGUAAAACAACUAGUCUAGUCUACAAACUGCAAAUAUUGACUAUUUUGAGUUGCGAUGUAAUUCAGUCACAAAGGAGUGCAUGUCGCUUCUUGCUAAUGUUCUUGGUUAUGCAUUUCCAGAGUGACAUGAGAAAUCACCAUACUUUUUAAAGUUAUAGUCAUGUGGCCUGUUGCCACAUAAGCUAAUCUGAUUAUACUUUUACAUAGCUUCCCAAAUAUUUAACCAACAUCUAAUUCCUAUGAUAGUUCAACUUUAGGUUGUACUAUUGUAAAGUAAUAAUGUAAUUUACUUGUCGUUCUUUUUUUUUUUUUUUUUUUGAGUUUCUAGCUAUUACAAACGAUUCGAAAGCCCUGAACACCUGAUGUUUUUUUUUUCCUUAGCCUGGAAUAUAAACGUCCUUAUCGUGGCAUGAAUGUUUUGUGUGUUUGAAAUCACAAGCCUUGCAGUUAUGGGUUUUAUUGGAGUUAACGACACACUUUAUGUUUUACAUGCGGUGGCUCAGUGUUUUUGAGCUUUUGCAGAAUGUUCUAGCUUAUUAGUCUGGUUGGUGUUGCUGCUUUGUGGUAAACUGCGGUGAAAUUGGAUACCAAAUAAAGUGAGAUAAGGAUGAACAACCUAAAUGUUUGCAGAGAAUUUCAGAUGUACUUAUUUCACUUCUUACUUGAAUUGUAUUGUAGGAAACCUGCUUGGCACACACUCAAUCCUUCUAUAUAGACUUCUUCCUGUCGUAUGGUUAUUAGCCAAACCUACUUCCCUUCACAUGUUACAAUAUUUCCAUCCUCAUAUCUGUAAAUUAAAAACCAGUCAAUGGGUGCAUUUAACAUUUACAGCGGCAUCAGUUUGCAGCUACAACACUUUGACCCAAUCGAGCAAUGGUCAACAUACAAAUGUAAAUGUUCCCAUGAAGAAAUUUAACUCGAGCCACUCUUGGAUGUUUACAUGCACCUCUGUGACUCAUUGUGUAUGUAACUUUGGCUUCUCUGGAUAAUGUGCACUGUUGAGGGGGGUUCUAGUGAAAUUUCAUUAUUGUUGAUGCUUAUGGUUGUCAAGAUAAUUAAACUGUAUAUUAAACACCA